CUUCCUUAUUUACAGCCUUGUAGAGUUUCAAGGAGAAGCAGGUCCGGUUACCGGUAAAGCGCCUCUGUUUACAUCUAAUCAGUCCAUAACAACUCUCGCAGUUAGUAAAAGGUCAUUUAUUUUCGGUUGAUGUGCGUUUAGUCAGUUAACAGAGGAUUUUUAUUGAGUUCGGAAACAUCCAUGAUGGCGUCCGUUUACAGCGCGAAGGAGGAGGACGGUCACCGCUCAGGAUCCGCCGCUUCAGGUGAUGAGAGGAGCAAUAAACCGGACAACACGGCGUUUAAACAGCAGCGCCUUCCAGCCUGGCAGCCGGUCCUUACAGCCGGCUCUGUGCUCCCUGCCUUCUUCAUCAUCGGCCUCCUCUUCAUCCCGAUUGGCAUCGGGCUCUUCGUCACCUCCAACACUAUCAGAGAGUUCGAGAUCGAUUACACUGGUGUUGAAAAAAGCAGUCCAUGCUUCAGCUGCACACAGCCCUUCGGGUCGAACCAGUCAUGCAAAUGCUCGGUACCCUUCACGCUCCGAGAGUCUUUUGAGGGCAAUGUCUUCAUGUACUACGGACUGUCCAACUUCUAUCAAAAUCACAGGCGUUAUGUCAAGUCGAGAGAUGACCGGCAGCUAAAUGGAAACACAUACGCCUUAACUCAUCCCAGCCAAGUUUGCUCACCAUACGACUACAAUAACAACGUGCCCAUAGCACCAUGUGGUGCAAUUGCCAACAGUCUUUUUAAUGACUCAUUUGAGCUGUUUUAUAUGCAAGACAAUGGGAAUAAAACUCGUAUUCCUCUUGUGAAGAAGGGCAUUGCAUGGUGGACUGACAAACAUGUUAAGUUCAGGAACCCUGCAGGAGACAACCUCACAGCAGCAUUUCAAGGUACUGCCCAACCUAUCAGCUGGCACAGGCCUGCCUAUGAGCUAGAUCCCUCUGACCCUGACGACAAUGGUUUCAUCAAUGAGGACUUCAUAGUGUGGAUGAGAACAGCUGCUCUCCCCAACUUCAGGAAGUUGUAUCGCAUCAUCCAGAAAAAUAGGGACCGCCGGGCUCCAACACUUCCUCAUGGGAACUACACACUGGAAGUUACUUACAACUAUCCGGUAAUUAGUUUUGAUGGCCGCAAACGCAUGGUCCUCAGCACCAUCACCUGGAUGGGUGGGAAGAACCCAUUCCUGGGCAUUGCUUACAUGACUGUGGGUUCUAUAUGCUUUGUCCUGGGUCUGGUGCUUCUGGUUAUUCACUAUAAAUACGGCAGCCCCAACAACAAUGCUGACCUUUCCAACUAGACUCUCAAGAAGACCAUGACUGAUUUGUGGACCUGCUUAUAAUCAUGUAGUUUGAGUAUUUGUCACAUCCUGUGCGCAUACACAGUGUCCAAAAGGACAUCUUAGUUCCUUGUUCUAUCACUGAUAUUUUUGUGUCUGUGUUGAGUAUUUAUUGUGAAGAACAUGUAUCGGGAAUGUUUGCCAGGAACAUUCUGUUCAGAUUUUAGAUGAUAUGCACUGGUUAAGCAUUAGUGUGAAGGAACCUUGAGAUCUCGUAACACUGCAAGACGGAGUUUAGGGUUGUUUUUUUUUUUUUCUUUUCCUAGUCUUUUCCUAUUAAUCAGCACUGUGCAGUGGUAAUGGAUUCAUGAGAGGAAAUGCUAAAAUUUGUUUCCAAUUAAUUUUAUUUUAUCAGUUAUUUCAGAAUUGAAAGACCGCUACAGAACAUGUGCAUCUAUUAAAGCGUUCCAGUAUGCAACGGAUUAGACUGUUUGUUUUUUAAAAUUUAAUUUCAUGAAGCUUAUGUGUGUGCCCAAAUGUGCACGUCACGGUUAUCCUAACCUCUAAGGAAUUUCAUAAGUAAUUUGUGUGUGAUUCACUGUCCACUUGUGCAUCGUCUGAGAAGCAUGCAUAUUUGUAAAUGUUUUAUGUAUUGCAUUGGUAACCAUUUUUGCUUAGUUUAAGAAACUGAGUGCUGUUUGGACUUUCUGCCCUUCUUUGGGACUAUGCUGUACCUCUCUCCACUUUGACCAAAGAUAUGCUGGCUGGCUGCAAAUAAACCUAUUGUAUUUUA